AAUUCCAAUUCGUGUGCAUUUGAACGUUUUCCCCUUUUCCCCUACUCUCUGGCCUCCAUUAUUGUUUCCCAACCUUUGACUCACCCAUCCAAAACCCUUACCUUAAAAACCACAACAAACCCAUACCCAAUUCCAAACAUUACCCAUUUAGUUUAGUCUCCCAACUUUCAGUGCCAUACCAUUCUUCUCUCUCUCUCUCUACCUGAAGAAAAGAAUGGUAUUACCAUGGAGGAGACCGAGAGCGUGCCAUCCUGUCAGCAAGGCCACUCUGUUGGAAAACGGCAGUUCGGAGAUGGAACUGAUGACGGUUCCGACCCAUUUCCGGUGCCCGAUCUCGCUCGAUUUGAUGAAGGAUCCGGUCACUCUACCGUCCGGGAUUACUUACGACCGGGAGAACAUCGAGAGGUGGAUAGAGUCUGGCAACCGGACGUGCCCCGUGACCAGCCAGGCGCUCGGGAGAUUCGAGCAGAUACCCAACCACACGAUAAGGCGGAUGAUCCAGGACUGGUGCGUGCAACACCGGUCCCUGGGGAUCGAGCGGAUCCCGACGCCGAGGAUUCCGGUGGGCCCGCACGACGUCUCGGGGAUUUGUUCGAAGAUUUUGGCGGCAACCCAGCGCGGGGAUCAGAGAAAGUGCCAGGAAUUGGUGGAGAAGCUCAAAGCGUGGGGGCGGGAGAGCGAGCGAAACAAGCGAUGCAUCGCGGAGAACGGAGCCGGAUACGUGCUAUCGGUCUCGUUUGACUUCUUCGCAUCGCUGUCCAUCGAGGAGCACGAAAGCUUGCUCGAGAAGACCCUGUCGGCUUUGACAUGGAUGUUCCCACUCGGCGCCGAAGGCCGAUCCGUGCUGGGUUCACCUUCGUCCUUACGUUGCAUGGCGUGGUUUUUGGAGGGCGAAAAUCUCACUUCGCGCCAAAACGCGGUUUUAGCCCUGAAAGAGCUUCUCUCUUCCGAUCAAAAGCACGUAAGCUCGUUCGCGGAGAUCGACGGCGUCGAAGAAAGCUUGGUCAGGAUGAUCAAGGAGCAAAUUUCCCCGGCAGCCACCAAAGCUGCACUCAUGGCCAUCUACCACAUGAUCUCACCGUCCAACACAAGCGAAAAAACCGCGUCGAGAUUUGUGGAACUGGGUUUGGUCUCUUUAGUCCUGGAGAUUCUCGUUGGCAGCGAAAGAAGCGUAACUGAAAAGGCCUUGGGUGUUCUAGACAGUAUUUGUGACUACGGACAAGGCAUAGAGAAAGCGCGCCAUCACGCGCUUACUAUGCCGGUUCUGGUCAAGAAGAUCCUCAGGGUUUCGGAUUUGGCGACGAAUUUUUCGGUGUCGAUUAUAUGGAAGCUCUGCAGGGGUGAAGAUGGCGGUGAUCAGCAGAUUGAAGCAGUUCAAUUAAGGGCUUUUCCUAAGACGUUGUUGGUGUUACAGAUUGGUUGUGGGGAGGGAACAAAGGAGAAGGCCACUGAGUUGUUGAAAAUGUUGAAUCAGUACAGAGAUAGGUUUGGCUGUUUUAAUUUAUACGUAGGUGAUAGAAAGAUGUAGAAAAAAAUAUACAUACAAAUUUAGACACUCAAACAAUUUAACCAGUAUGCAUAUAUUAUUGGACAAGUUAAUUGAGUAUUCGAGUUGUUAUUUGGUUUUGGCUAGUUUUGUUGUUAUAAAUGAUACAGGUUUUGGCAAAUGGUAGAAACUAGUAUGAUGCA